UCGCACAGUUUGCCGCGGUACCACCGAUAUCGGUAGGUGUAAUAAUAUUGUAUUAUACGUUUAACACUAUACGCUGCUCAACACAUAUACAAUAUUAUUAUUAGUACAAUAAUAUUGUAUAGGGAAAAGUCAUAAAUCUAUCAGAAAAGCCGAGGGUUCGUGUACACGCGAUAUUUCGAUUUUUAUUUUUGUUCGUAUGUGUAGUAUUUCGGAUAGUGUUGUCCAAACGAUUGGCUAAUAAUAAUAAUAAUAUUAUACAUAGUACAAUAAUUACUAUCGUCGUCUCCGCCCACGAGGAAUAACACUUAUACCGAUCGUGUACCAGAAAUAUUCAACCAUUUAAACAUGAGAAAAGAAAAAUGUUUUAUUAUUUUAACAUGCGUGUUUGGAAUGGCAACAUCUCAGUCCAGUAAUGAAUGUAAAACUCCGAAUUAUGAAAAUGGUGUUUGUAUCGACAUCAAGCGUUGCCCAAAGUUGAUAAAUCUAUUAGAAAAUCAAAGACAAGUGCCGUCCGUUUUAGUUUUUCUUAAGAAAUCCUUUUGUGGAUUUGAAGGAGAAGAUUUCAAAAGAACAAAAGUGUGUUGUGCUUUGGAAAAUAAUGAAGAACCAACAGUACCAAAAGCACCGGUUGCACCAAUAGCACCGGUAGCACCAGUAACAAUGUCAAACGCAAUCAACAAUAUUGGGACAACGUACAACGGCGGGGCAAAAUUACCAUCGCAAUCUAAGUGCGGAAUAACCAACGUCACCCGCAGUCGAAUCAUCGGGGGGACGCCAGCGGAACUAGGCGCCUGGCCUUGGAUGGCAGCCCUCGGCUAUCAGGGUUCAAAUCGAAACAAUCGCGCUCUACAGUGGCUUUGCGGCGGCACAUUGAUAUCAACUACACACGUGCUGACAGCUGCACACUGCGUAUACAAUGUCCCCGUAAAACUGACUACUGUACGAUUAGGUGAGUUGGAUUUGAAUCCUACGGUCGACGACGGUGCAAGGCCCGUAGAUGUUCCGGUUGAACGUAUCGUCAUACACGCGAAAUACCAACCACAAGAACUUACCAGUGACAUAGCACUGUUGAAGUUAAGAAAUAGUGUUACUUAUAACGUAUUUAUACAACCCAUUUGUUUGCCGAUCACUCCAACUAUGAGAAACGUAGAUAUGUCGAGAAGUUUGCCAUUUGUUGCCGGUUGGGGUACUACUCAACCUAACCCCAGUGAACCUCCCAGCUUUCCACCCACCACUACUUUGAUGGAAGUUCAAGUUCCAAUGUCGAGAAUUGCGGAAUGUAAACAAGCAUAUUCAAAACAAAAAGCUGUAAUUGAUGACAGAGUUUUAUGUGCUGGAUAUCCAGAGGGAGGAAAAGACUCAUGUCGGGGUGAUUCGGGAGGUCCAUUAAUGAUGCCAAAAGGAAAACAAUACUUUUUGAUGGGUAUAGUGUCUUACGGAUUGUCAAUAUGUGGCCAACCAGGUUUCCCAGGCGUGUACACUAGGGUACCUUCAUACAUUGAUUGGAUUGUUGAGAAAACAAACGAAAACUGAGCUUCCUAAACUCAUAACUGAAAACUUUUUUAAUAUUAUUUAUAUUUCCAUGCGUUACGAAGACAUAUUUUAAUGAUUUAUUAAUAUUAAUUAUGUCAUGGAAUGUUUGCCUGUCUGUAAUUUUUUUUAAAUUUUUUUUAAAAUGUAUUAUUUACUAUUUAGUGUUAUUUUCGACAGUUACUUAUGACACGUGAUCAAUUAUUUAUACAAAUUAUUGGAUUUUUUCAUCCAGACUAAUAUAAGAAUGAUACUGAAAAUCAAAAAACUUUUAGUUUUUUAAGGUUUCAAUUUUAGUAUUACAAAGCUUUGAAUCCUUUACUUUAUGUAACAUCUAGGGUCACUUCUGGGAAAAUCAAUGUGUCUUUAUCCAGUGAAAGUAAUCAACCUCUUGUAAUGCUAUACUAUAUACAUUUUUACAUAUGCGUUUUUUAGAUAAAUACAGACACAUAAUAGAGCCGCGUUAGGUAUACAGUAUUUAAAACAAUUCAAGUUAAAUUUAUAAAAAUAUUCUUUUAUAAUGAUAAAUUUAAGUUUUCCUCCAAAGUUUCAACAUAAAGAUGAUACUGAAUUAGUUAUAGAACAAGUCUGAAGUCGAUAUAAGUGUAAAACAACAUAUUCGGUGUUAAUUGUACGUCCGUAAAGUUAGGCCCACCUCCAUCCAUUACCCAAAAUUGCAUAGAUAUUUUGCAAUUAAAUUGCUUAUACUAGUAUACACGAGGGUUUUUGUAGUUGUCAACUUCAACCACGCAGAUGCCCAUAAAAAUUGGUUGAAUAGUUGCACUAUGUUCAAUUAUACAUUUUUGGACCAGUGCAUCAUGUCCACCUUGGUGAACGCAUCCACUGUGAUACUCCUCUAACUACUUUCGUCUCCCUGCAAAGACCAAACUUUAUUCUAAUUAAGUAUUAAAUCGAAUCAUUUACUAUUCUCAUAAUACAAGUUCAUAUUAUUAAAGUCAAAUUUUUCUGUAAAAAUGAACUCUCGGCUAUUACUGUUAAUCCUCAACCGUGACAUUGUUGCCGCUACGUCCAAAGCAAACCAGCUACCACAUUAUAUUAUAAAGUGUUGAUGCUCAUGUAACAAAUUUAUUUUUCAAGACAUGAAAGUAUUGAAAUACAUAUUUAAUAUCAGUAUAAUUAAAAAUGGUUUAUAGACAAGAAUCAUUUAAUUUAAACAGAAUAAAAUAUUUGUAAAGAGAACCUAUACACAGUUUCAAUUUCAAACAAUUAAUGGUUUCUAAGCAGUUAAUUAAAAAAGAGUCAAAAUAGUAAUAAAUAUCUGUUUAGCUCUUGGAUUGGCUGCUGUAUAAAUAUUAUAAAUUAACAAAUUGUCUUGAAAAUGGAAAUCACUUUUAUUUUGGAAGCUGGCUUUAAUAUAUUAAUAUGUAUUGAUGAACUAUACUAAUUCGAUAUUUGUAUUUUAUUUUAUUGUAACUGUUAAGUUAUCUUAGACUUUAGUUUAUACCUACUUUAGUGGCUUUUAAA